UUCAUGCCUAGGUGUGUUUGGCUUUUUAUGUUUGUCAGUGUUUAGUAGGUAUAUGAUAAAAUAGGUACGCUUUUUAGUGUAUUUCAGUGUGAAAGUGUGACCAAAUGAUGCGUUUGAGGAAAGCGGUUUUGAGCGGCUCUGUACCUGCGGACAUUGGCGAGAUGGACGAAGUGUUGACUGACCUCUCGGAUGAGUCUGUUGACAGCAAGUGCUUGGGAAGCAUGACUCCAGAGACUCAAGAUAUAUACCUUAGGCUGGACAGCCACCACAGGCGGUCAGGGCUACGCCUGGCCCGAAUUAUUGCAAGACAGCAGCUGCUGAAGAAGAUAUCCCAAGAAAUCGAGGCAAAGGAGGCAUGUGACUGGCUGCGGGCGGCGGGAUUCCCACAGUAUGCCCAACUUUAUGAGGAUUCCCAGUUUCCCAUUGAAAUAUCCGCCGUCAAGAGGGACCAUGACUUUCUGGAUAAAGACCUUGUGGAGCCUCUUUGCCGUCGACUCAACACUCUGAACAAGUGUGCCUCCAUGAAACUGGACGUGAGCCUCCCUAAGAAGAAAAGUGAGGACUCUGAUGAGGAGGACUUGUUGGCCAUCAGCAAUAGAUGGACAUUUGAGUGGAACAGCCGGCGCUGGUCCCGUCUGCAAGACAUCGAUUACCUCCUGGGUCGAGCAGAGGAGCGGAGCCCCUCGGAGGUGGGUGAGGGCCUGCGGACCACCGUAAGCAGUGAGAGCAUUCUGACAGACCUCAGUGAGCCGGAGAUCUGCUCCCUGCACAGCGAAGACUCUUUGGCUGCCAUGCCAGACUCUGCCUCUCUCACCCCGUUGCACUUGCCUAGAGAGCUGCCUCAUUACGGCUCACUCCCUGCCAAAAGCAGGCGACGGGGACAUACACGCGCCAAAGACUUCCUUAGGAGGAUGGAGACGCUGGGUCGGACAUGGGGGCCAUCGAUGGGGCGUUCAGAACGACGCUCUUUAGUUAUUAGCAGCCCAGUUUUGCAAAGCGAGCCCGAAGCUCUAAAGACUCUACGAUGUGUUCAGAUUUUCAACGGUGCACCUAUUAAUGCCGAAAACACACCACCUUCUAAUAACCUGCCAAAUUCGCUGGCCAGCAGUGAGGCCAGCAGCCAAUCGGAGACCAGCGGCAGUGCCGGAAGCACACCGAACAACGUGGGACGUCUCUCAAAGUUGUAUCCUCCUGGAAAACGUGCGGGUGUUUACCUGGAGGACAUUGAUGUUCUCGCUGGCGCCCCCCAGAGGAGAAGGCCUGUUGAACAGAGCCGCAAAAAUGAGUUUCGCUCUUAUGACGAGCUAUUAGUGCACAUCCCAAAAGAUCACAAACCUGGUACUUUUCCCAAAGCGCUGUCGAUUGAGAGUCUGACGCUGGCCAAUAAGGAACACGGAAACUGGAAGGUUCUGGAUUCGGAGCCACAGCCGUUUAAAUGCAGGAAAGUUGGCGGAAGGGAAAUUCGUCCCGUGACACGCUGCUGUCCUCGGGGAAGUAGGAUCAGCGUGUAUGAUAACGUGCCCGGCUCGCAUCUGUAUGCAAGCACAGGGGACUUGUUGGACCUCGAGAAGGAGGAUAUAUUCCCACAUUUGGAUGAUAUACUGCAGCAUGUAAAUGGCCUGCAGCAGAUCGUGGACCACUGGUCUAAAAAUGUGCUGCCGGAGAGCGAAGGGGAGGGGGAUGGUGGCAGAGGGCGGGGCCAGACGAUGAUUGACGGCCAGUCCUCCAGUCAGAUCACACUGGACUUUGAGGGCACCUCUGUUAUUGGCCUGACCACACCGAGUGACGGCAACAGGGACGGGGUUUCGUUAAAUGACACGGACACCUCCAGCACCAGAGAGAGGAGGGACUCAGGGGUCGGAGCUUCUCUUACACGACCGCGCCUUAGAUGGCCGAGCUUCAGGAUCAACCUGCUCAGCCAAUCAGGAAUCUCGCUGCAGAUAUCCAGCCAAUCGGUGGGCCAGCUUAGCUUGCUGCAGAAGUUCUCUUUAUUGCGCCUCACUGCAAUCAUGGAGAAAUACUCCAUGUCUAACAAGCAUGGAUGGACUUGGUCAGUGCCAAAAUUCAUGAAGAGAAUGAAGGGACCAGACUACAAGGACAAGACGGUUUUUGGCGUUCCUCUGAUUGUUCAUGUCCAGCGGUAUGGACAUCCUCUGCCCAUGUGCUUACAGCUCGCCCUGCGCUUUUUAAGAAGCCAGUGUUUGGACCAGGUGGGACUUUUCCGAAAAUCGGGGGUAAAGUCUCGUAUCCAGGCUCUCAGGCAAAUGUGUGAAACCUCCCGAAAUGUGAACUAUGAGGAUCAGUCUGCAUACGAUGUGGCGGACAUGGUCAAACAGUUCUUCAGAGACUUACCUGAGCCACUUCUCACAAGCAAAAUGGGCGAAACCUUCCUUCAUAUAUACCAGUAUGUCCCUAAAGAGCAACGCUUACAAGCUGUGCAGGCAGCAAUCAUGCUGAUGCCGGAUGAAAACCGCGAGGUCUUGCAGACUCUGCUGUGCUUCCUAAAUGAUGUCACUUCCUCGGUUGAGGAGAACCAGAUGACCCCGAUGAACUUGGCUGUGUGCCUCGCUCCAUCACUUUUCCACCUCAACAUCAUGAAGAAUGAUAACCUGUCGCCCAGGUCUAUUCAAAGGAAAUAUGCCACUGGGCCAGACCAAAAGGACCUGAAUGAGAACCUUGCAGCCACUCAAGGGCUAGCGCACAUGAUUGCUGAGUGCAAUCACCUAUUUGAGAUUCCUCAGGAGAUGGUGUCUCAGUCCAGGAACUCGUACAUGGAGGCUGAGCUGCUGGCUCCCUCUAUGGAUGAGCUGUGUAAAAAACAGCCUCAGCAGGAUGAGGAGGAGGAGGAAGAAGAGGAAGGCACAUGUCGAUCUUUUCUGGACAGCCUGAUUCAGAAUCUGAUGAAGGAGCAAGACAAGACCAAAGGCUGGGUGACUCGACCAAACAUUGACAACACUGAGCUAUCCUUCAAAAAGGUUGGAGACGGGACACCGCUGAGGCGCUGGAGAGUGUCUGCCGAGGUGGAGGCUCCUCCGUCAGUGGUGCUGAACCGAAUUCUGAGAGAGCGCCACCUGUGGGACACUGACCUGCUACAGUGGAAGCUUCUGGAGACUCUGGACAAGCAGACUGAGGUUUAUCAGUAUGAGCUGAAGAGCAUGGCUCCGCAUCCCAGCAGAGACUUUGUAGUGCUCAGGACGUGGAGGACAGAUCUAGCGAAAGGUGUGUGUGCGCUGGUGUCGGUGUCCAUCGAGCAUGAGGAAAGCCCACAUCUGGCCGGAGUGAGAGCAGUUCUGCUGGAGUCUCAGUAUUUGCUGGAGCCCUGCGGAUCUGGAAAAUCCAGACUCACGCACAUCUGCAGAGCUGACCUCAAAGGAAAGUCUCCAGAGUGGUACAACAAAGCGUUCGGCAACGUCUGUGCGAGCGAAGCCAUCCGCAUCCGUAACUCUUUCCAGACUCUGGAUCCUGAGGGCCCCGAGACCAAAAUCUGAGCAGCGGGAACCGGGAUUUAGUUCAUCAUCAGGGCAGGUGGUCACCAAAAAAUGAACUUUGGAGUAAAAAAAAAAGAGAUAAAAUGAACGUUUUUAGCCCCUAGAGAACAACAAACUGCCAUGUCAUAUUAGUUUCAUGAACUGUGGAUCAUUUUAGUGUUUUACCCCUUAAAGGGCAUUUGAUUGAGCCGGUUUAUUUCCUAUAAAUGUAUGCAGCUGUUCAAAACUGCCACUUUUGAGAUGGCAUUUGUUGUUUUUGGGGCAUGUGAUGAGGUAUACAGCAGGGAAAAUAAGUAUUGAACACGUCAUGUUUUUUUUUUGGGAAUAAUAUUUCUAAAGGAGCUGUUGACAUGGAAUUGAAUCAGAUUUUGGUAAAAACCCAAACGAUACAAACAUAAAAAUAACACAAAACAAAAAAACCUGAAAAAUGAGUUGUGUAAUA